GCAGUGCCCCGCGGCUUCCGGGGCCCGCGGGACUGUGGGAAAUGAAGUGUCUCUUGGAGAGGCGCGGCAGGGCCGGGCGCGGGUGGGUAGUCCGUCGGGGGCGACAGCGGUCUGGACGUGCGGUCCUGGCAGAAGAGUGAUCGGCCUGGUGCGGCCGCCGCGGGGCAAGCGGACUGAAGGCUCGGGCGGUGCUCCCGAGCGCCCACCCGGCGCCGGCCUGACCUGUCCGGCCCUCGGGGACCGGCCCGGCCGCGCGGGGCAGACGAGGGGGCGGCCGGCUCCUCUACCCGCGCAGGCGGAGCCGGCGUCUGAAGCCAGUGUGGCCAGCGGGGGUCCCGAGACGCGGGGCGGAGCUGAAGUCCCCGGGGUCGGGGAGACCCGAGGGUGCCGGCGAGGGCGCCCGCAGGACCCGCUGGGCAGGGCCGCCCGACGUCCAUGGCGUCCCCGUCCAGGCAGGCCCCGGCCGGCGUCCCCGCGCUGCUGGGCGGGGGCCGCGCGCGCUCCUACGGGAGCCUGGUCCGCGCCGCCUGCUCUCCGGUGCGGGAGCGGCGCCUGGAGCACCCGCUGGCGCCCGGGGACACGCUGGCCGGGCUGGCGCUCCGCUACGGGGUGACGAUGGAACAGAUUAAGCGUGCAAACCGCCUUUAUACUAAUGACUCCAUCUUCCUGAAGAAAACCCUCUACAUCCCCAUCCAGACAGAGCCCAGGGACAUCUUCAAGGGGUUGGAUUCUGAUGACGAGAAGGAUGGAGAAGAGGGCCAGUCAAGCAAGGAGGAUGUUUGGCCGCACUCAGCAGAGAGGACAAAGACAGAGCGAGGUUUGGGCAGUGCUGGUGGAGCUGCCACAGGCCAGGAGCCUGGCCCGGAUCUCUCGGCCUCUGACUUCCUCAAGAAGCUGGACUCCCAGAUCCGCCUAUCCAAGCAGGCUGCUGCCCAGAAGCUACAGGGUGGGGAUAUCAGGACACUUACAGCAGAUGCAGGACACUUACAGCAGCCCCCGAGCUCCCCCCGGAUGCAGCAGCAUGCUGUGCUUGGGCCUGUACCACUGACCCGGACCUCUCGCACCCGAACACUGCGGGACCAGGAGGAUGAGAUCUUCAAACUCUGACACAGUGGCCCCUGCAGAAGUGCCACAUGGAAGCAGCUGCUGCUGGGAACAGACUGCCUGAGGCUGAGGAUGUGGUUCCUCACCACUGCCGCCGCCUGGCCCUUCUGGGUCCUGGUGCAAGGCUAGUGGCCAGAUGGACCCUCCUAGGCUCUCCUGAGGGCAGCGCUGCCCUCUAGAUCAGGUGCUCUGGAUGUCCCGGCCCACCGCUUGGCCUUAGAGCAGGGAGGCAGGAGCCCCUUUCCCCAGCCCAGUCUGCCCACUUCCUGCCCAUCCCCAGUUUUGUAAUCUUAUUUAUUUGGUGCUAUGUUGAAGUCCUAUUUAUUUGCUCUCUCUUACUCUUUUCCCUCUUCACUGACAGUUGGGACUUCUAUAGGCCUCAGGUCCAGGUGUCCCAGGAAUUGAGGGUAGGCUGCGUCCCUACCUACUUAGCCAGGUUCAGGAUUAGAAGGAGCUAGGUGUGGUCAGCAGAGAACAUGGAUGGGGGCUAAGGCAGGGUGCAGCCUCUCUUUACCAGUUCAUUUUCUGCAUAACUCUUGGGCUAACCGAGCAGAGCGGAAGCUCCGGCAGGCUCCGGGCCACCCCCAACCCGGCCUCUGCUGGGGAGCUCAGGGCCAGAGCAGCUCUGCUGUGGAGUUGGCAGAGGAUGGAAGUGAGUCUGGGGGGCUCUGUUAGGCCACCCAGGCCCAUCCGUCUGGGGCUGGUUGCUCACUACAUUAUUUGCUGCUCCUAGCCCAAAUUUUCCCACCAGGUUCUUGGCAUUUUCUUAAAUGACAGUAGGCGAGGAUGGGUGACAGGGGAGCUCAGCAGCCUUCCUCUGUCCUGUGGCCAUCACAGGUCGGAAAGGCUGGAGAGAUUAAACAGUGAGCCCUCGGCA